GUCGAUAAUUUGGUAAACUCAUUCAGAAAUAAGUACGGAAAUGACAAUUUAGCAUACCUUCUAGUAUUUAUUUCAGGCUUCUUUUAUGUGGGAGUGUCUUUUUACCUAAAAAAAAAUAAAUAAAUUUUGUGGAGCUACGCUAUGGUUGUGAGAGGAGUUAUUGUUUCCUUUCUUAUGUACACGAUUGGAUAUGUUAAAAAAUAUAACAUGCAAGUAAAUGAUAGCAAAGAUUUUAAACUUUUAACCUUUAGAAAUAUUAUAAGCGCUUUAGGAUAACUUUAUUACUUUUAUGCUAUUAAUAAAUUGCCAGUAUCUUUGUUGCUUAUAAUUUCAAAUACAGGACCAAUAUUUGUUUUUAUUUUGAAUUACUUUCUUUUCGGGGUUAAAUUAACAAUAAAAGAUAUUAUUGGAAUUAGUGUUUCAUUCUUUGGAGUUGUCAUGGUUUCUGAUCCCAGUUACUUUUAAUCUUUGUUUAUGGAAACAACUACUUCUAGCGUUUAAGAGAAUAAUUAAUACAUUUAGGGUACUGAAAAAUAUAUUUUAAUAGGCAUAUCAAUUUUAACUUGGUUAGGUUGGGCUUUGGCAAUAAUCAUGGUUAGAUAUAUGAAAAGUAUAAAUACCUUUGAAAUCAAUAUGUCUCUAUGCUUCUUUUUUAUUUUAUUUGGAUCCGUUGGGAUAAUAUAGAGCGAAACUCCUUUUGAUUUAAGCUUAAACGAUGUACUUGGAUUAAUUUUUAUAGUAGGAUUAGUUAGUUUUAUGUAUUAGAUAACAUUUAUUACUUCAACAACAAUAACUAAAAAUCAUGGACCUAUUACUCUAAUAAAUUAUACAAUGAUUGUAGAGAGCUUUUUAGUUGAAGUUGUUUUCUUCAAAGAAGUGCCUUCUAUAUUUGAAAUAAUAGGCUCAAUACUUGUUUUAUUAGGUUUGGCUUCUUACUUCGUUUCAAAACUUUAAAAGAAAUGA